AUGCAGGCCUUUGAGAACACCUCGACCAAUGUGGCUGCCAGCCAAAUGCGCAAUGCCCUCAACAACCUUGCAGACACGCUGAAAGACCCGGCCGAAAAGAAGAGAUUCGAGGCAGAAAUGGACAACUUUUUCUCCCUGUUCAGAAGAUACCUCAAUGACCGAGCCAAGGGCAACACCAUUGACUGGGCAAAAAUCAAUCCCCCCAAUCCCGAUCAGGUCGUGGCCUACGACGAGCUCCCCAACAGUGACGCAGUCGAGUUCUUGAACAAGCUCGCAGUCGUCAAGCUCAAUGGUGGUCUGGGUACGUCGAUGGGCUGCGUCGGCCCCAAAUCCGUGAUUGAGGUCAGAGAUGGCAUGUCCUUCCUCGAUCUUUCGGUGCGCCAGAUCGAGUACCUCAACCGCACCUACGACGUGAACGUCCCAUUUGUUUUGAUGAACAGCUUCAACACCGACGAAGACACUGCAUCCAUCAUCAAGAAAUACGAAGGCCAUAACAUUGACAUCCUCACUUUCAACCAAUCUCGAUACCCCCGUGUGUUGAAGGACUCCCUGCUGCCGGCACCCAAAUCAUAUGACUCUCAAUUGUCCGACUGGUAUCCUCCGGGCCACGGUGACGUCUUUGAGAGUCUCUACAACAGUGGCAUUCUUGACCAGCUCCUGGACCGCGGUAUUGAGAUUAUUUUCUUGUCCAAUGCCGACAACCUGGGCGCCGUGGUGGAUCUACGCAUCUUGCAGCACAUGGUCGAGACCAAGGCUGAGUACAUUAUGGAGUUGACCGACAAGACCAAGGCCGACGUCAAGGGCGGUACCAUCAUCGACUACGAGGGCCGCGCACGACUCCUGGAAAUUGCCCAAGUGCCCAAGCAAUAUGUCAACGAGUUCAAGUCGAUCAAAAAGUUCAAGUACUUCAACACCAACAACAUCUGGAUGAACCUGCGCGCGGUCAAGCGCGUGGUAGAAAACAACGAGUUGGAAAUGGAAAUCAUCCCCAACGAGAAGUCAAUUCCGGCCGAUAAGAAGGGCGAGGCUGACAUUUCCAUCAUCCAACUCGAGACUGCUGUCGGUGCGGCGAUCAAGCACUUCAAAAACUCGCACGGCGUCAAUGUUCCGCGACGACGGUUUUUGCCGGUCAAGACUUGCUCGGAUCUGAUGUUGGUCAAAUCUAACCUGUACACUUUGUCGCAUGGCCAGUUGGUCAUGGACCCCAACCGAUUCGGGCCUGCACCAUUGAUCAAAUUGGGCAGCGAUUUCAAAAAGGUUGCGCAGUUCCAGAAGAGGAUUAGCAGCAUUCCCAACAUUGUCGAGCUCGAUCAUUUGACCGUUACUGGCGAUGUCAACUUUGGCCGUGGAAUCGUACUCAAGGGAACCGUCAUCAUUGUGGCUACCGAGAACAGCACUAUCGACAUUCCACCGGGUUCGAUCCUGGAGAACGUGGUGGUGCAGGGAUCGUUGAGACUGCUUGAGCACUAA